AUGUGUGUGAGAUUAUUGGCCGCAAAGUCAAAUUGGAAUGUUCCUUAUCAGUGCUUGGAAUACUUUGCAAAAAUGAUGUUGGAUACGACUCCUACGAAUGACAACUUGCCUACGAGUUAUUAUGAUGGAAAGCGGUUGGUGUCGAAGUUGGGUUUAGAAGUACAAAAGAUUGAUUGUUGCAUAAAUAGAUGCAUGUUGUUUUAUGAAAAUGAGUAUGGUAUUAAUGAUGAGGCGCUGGAGGAAUGUAAGUUCUGUAAGAGUCCAAGAUAUCAAGUUCGUAGUAAAGGCAUUAACCGUAAACAAAAACGUGUAGUAGUGAAGUCCAUGUUUUAUUUGUCGAUAAUACCAAGGUUAAAAAUAUUGUUUGCUUCAAUGCACAGUGCAAGUCAAAUGACACAACAUCAUACAAACAAAACAAGUUCAGGCAUUAUGCGACAUCCAUCUGAUGGUGAGGCAUGA